CUCCACGUGAGCGCAUGUCUAUUUUUACAAGCGCUACUUAUUAUCGUAACUGAAAUGAUCGCGAUGCGGGCGUAAAGAUGGAAGUGGAUAGGAUAUUCUAUAUUUUCGGUAGUUUUUCGAGAAAGAAACAGGAUAGGAGGAAGUCGUUGGAGCAGACUUCUGUGAGCGCUGGUAAUAGUCCGAUGAAAGUGCCCAGGUCGAGACCGGGCAGUCAGAAUAUGCCGAUAGCGCCAAGGACAUCUGCGUAUGCGCUAGAUAAAGUUACUGUUAAAGAGUGGGAGUGUGGAGUGUGUAAGAAAGAGCUAGUGGAGCCAAGGCUUCUGGGCUGUCUGCACAGCUUUUGUACGAGAUGCCUGCAGGGUCUACCGCAAGAGGGCGAUUCGGAGAUCUGGAGUGAUGUAGAUGGAUCAAGUCAACAGGACUCCAGUUCUCGUUCAGCGUCAGGCAGCGGGUCUGCAGCAUCAGGGUACGAGAGCGAACGGAACUCAGACUCUGACGCCAGCCUCAAUAAACAACGCAAGUUUGGUAUUUACACAAAAAAGAUAUCCGGCAAGAGCGUAUACGUCCUUGUGUGCCCCACCUGCGGGUGGGAGACGCCGCUGCCCCUGGGGGGAGUGGCCGCCCUGCCCUUGAACUAUGUACUUCUAAGGAAGAUAGCCAGCCGGGAUGCUGCGGAUGUCCUGUGCGACCUUUGCAGUUGUGAUAGCAAGGCAGAACGCAGAUGCGACGAGUGUCUGCUCAGUAUAUGCACGUCCUGCAGUGAGUCGCACCGCAAGCAGAAAGCGACGUCGAAGCACGAGCUGCAGCCGCUGGAGUCGCCCACCCGCUGCGCACACCACCCUUCGCAACAUCUCAGCGUUUAUUGUGCUACUUGCCAAUUAGUAGUAUGCCGCGAAUGCUGCGUGAUAUCGCACGCCGGUCACGCGCUGGCGAACGCGUCGCGCGCUGCGGCGGAGCGUGCGCGGGCGCUGCGCGACGCGUGCGAGCGCGCGCACCACGUGCCCGACAACGUGGAGCGCGCGAAGCGGAUACUUCACGUGCACGCUUAUGAGUUUGAGAACCACGCGACUAGAGUGGAGGCGGAGAUACGCGCAUGGAGCGAGGAGUACAAGCGCGCGGUGGAGGCGCACGGGCGCGCGCUGGUGGCGGCGGCCGCGCGCGCGCGCUCCGCCUGCCGGCUGCGCGUGGACACCAACGCGCGCCUGCUGGACGAGAGGGCGCUCCACGCGCUCGACGCGGUGCGCUUUGCUGAGGAGCUCCUCUCAGAAGGCAAGGACGAAGAAAUCCUCUCCCUCUCCGGCCCAGUAUCCCGCCGGCUGGAACGCCUGACAGAGCUACAGCCGCUAUCUGACGCGCCUCGCUGCGAACUUCGCUUCGCCCGCGACGCGCCCGCCACAAACGCUGUCAACGGCGGGAGUGACGCGGACUUUAGACUCGUUGGCGCGCUGUUGACGCACGCCGCCGAUCCGGAUAAGUGUGUGCUAAAUACGGAAGGUUUUCAAGAUCUCCAAGUGGACUGUCCACAUGAAGCGAUACUGGAACUACGCGACACAAAUAAUGAGAGGAUAUGGAGCGGAGGUGAACAGGUGUGCGGCUACUUCAGGCGGCGCGACUCGAGCGCCCGGCCCGUGCUGGCGCGCGUGCGCCCGCGGGAGGACGGCACGUGCGGCGUGUGCUUCUGCGCGCCCACGCCCGGCGCCUAUUUACUUGCUGUCACGCUUAAUAACACGCCGAUUAAGGGCAGUCCGUUCGCGUGCGCGGCGCGAGUGAUGCGCGCGCACGCGGGGCAGUACCACUGCUGCGCGUACUGCUCGUCGGGCGGCCGCCGCGACGCCACCUGCGCCUGCGGCUCCACUAUGGCCGGCGGGUAUAAAGGGUGCGGUCACGGUCACCCCGGGUGGCCGGGCACGCGGCACUGGUCGUGCUGCGGAAGCACGCGCCGCAACUCGCCGUGCGCGCGCGCACAACACAUGUACCAGUUCUCACUGUAAAUCUGCUUAAUACUUGUACUAUAAGAGCGGGAGUGACUAAGAGUAACUAAAAGUAUUACUACAAAUGCGCCAAAUCAAUAUUGUUUGUACUACAAGAUGUAUUUAGUUCUCUUUGUAAAUGUAUGCUUAUACUUUCGAGUAAUACACUGCAUGACCGCCUUGGCAGUGGUUAACACGUGAGCGCAGAAUGUAGGGGUCCUGAAUUUGAUGCCCGGCGAGGAUUGACAAAAAAUGUCUUGGUCUGGGAGGAUACAGAGGGAAAGUUUAUCACCUACUAGUCCAUAAUGAUAAUUGAUCAUUGAAAUUGAGAGAGAUGUAUUAUAUUAUCUGCCCCAUACUCCACUAGGGGACACAAUACAUUAAAUGGCAGCCGUUUUGAGUUGUAACGUCACUAUGAAUAUGUUAUCUACAAUAAUAUGUACCAGUUAUUUGUAAAUCUCUAUCUACACUUACCUGUAUUGUCUGAAAAUUAAGAAACAAAAUUGCAAAUACGCCAUCUACAACAACAUGUAACAUUUCUCUUUGAAAAUCUACACUAAUUAGAUGUUACUAUUUGAGCGCCAAGCACAGGACUGACUGAAAGUAUAUAUUACAAAUAACAUGAAAGCUAUAUAUAAAUCUA